AUGUUCCAAUGCAUGGAUUGUGGGGAUAAAAUGUUAUCCUGUCGGUGUGCUUGGAGGAAUCAUCAUCCUCAUCAGGUUAUCGAUCUUGAAGUUGCUGAGGUGAAGAAACUGGGGAAAGUGACUCGCGAAACGAUCAUUCCACAAAUUGAGGCCUACAAUGUCUGUUUCCCAGAACUCCAAUCGGAUUUGAUCAAGAAUUUCAAUGAGUGCCAAAAGAAAAUUCUCAGUCGAACCGAUCAACUCGGUUACCUCAAUGGGUUUGCAGAAGCAAAGGAGCAACAGAAGGCUUGCAUAGCAUUUGGCGAGAGAUUCGAGACGAUUUGCGAGAAAUACUUGGGGGAAUUGCGGUCAUUCAACACCGGUAUUGAGAAGCUGAUCGAUGUCAUCAACGAGUCGCCGAAA